AUGAAUUCAAACAAUACAACAUCGAAUUCAAAUUCAAAUUCAUCUUCACCGAAUUUCUCAUCUAUUUCCACCAAUGGUAACAACUCUGACUACAAUCAUCCGAUACACCCGCAACAACAGCAACCGCAUCACUAUCAACAACAACAACAGCUCUAUCAUCAAUCGAAACAACAACAACAUCUACAUUCAAACAGAGAUCUUUCACAUAUGAUGAUGAUGAACAACAAUGGACAUAACAAUGGUGGUAGAGGAGGCGAUAGAGAAACCAAUCAAAGCAGUACAACUAACAACGAUCAACAAUCGGUGGAUGAUAUCAAGUUGUUUGUUCAACCACCAUCGACAUCUCUGCUCUGUCCGAUUCACAACGGUUUGUUUCGUGAUCCUUUCAUUGCCAAGUGUGGACAUACAUUCUGUCGGUCGUGUGUGCUGGCGCGAACCACAAACAAUUCACGCAUCGAAUGUCCCAUUGACCACACACAACUGGCAGACAACGAUUUCUUUCCAAACUUGGCAAUCAGUGCACAGAUUGCCGACCUAAUGAUCUACUGUCGCUACGGACUGACAAAGUACAACGGUGAGUGGGUUCCCGAUGAAAACGGUUGUAAAGAGAAGAUUCGUGUCGCCUCGAAAUUGGAUCACGAAAAGAUAUGUGAUCACGCAAUCGUUGCAUGUCCACACAACAACACAUGUCCACCAAUGAAAAGAUAUAAAAUCAAACAGCAUCUAUUUAUUAUACAGUUGACAUCGAGAUUCGACCAGUUGGCUUUGAAACUCGAGGCAAAAACGAAUAAAUACGAAGCGAAUCUCCGGCAUCUGCUGGCAAGUCUCGAAGCGACACAGAAUCAACUGUCCGAUACUAUCACCGACUUGAACAUGCUGAAAAAGAAUACAAAUAUGGAGGGUUUGGAAAUUGUCGAUUUGAAGAUACCGCAGUUGAAAUGUAAGGGUACUUUCACCGGUCAUAACGGUCCGAUCUGGUGCAUGACAGUGACCAAUGGAAUGUUGAUAAGUGGUUCUUCCGAUACCACUGUAAAACUCUGGGAUUUGGCGACGUUGAAAUGCAAACAGAUGCUAUCGGGACACACUGGAAUCGUGCAUUCCGUAGCGGUUAUUGGCAACCGUUUGUUCAGUGGUUCGUCGGACCAAACCAUUCGUGUUUGGGACUUGGAAACCUAUGAGUGUGUUGCGGUACUGACCGACCACGACAACACGGUUUGCGCACUUGUCGUAGCCGCUGGCUACCUGUUCUCCGGUAGUUACCAGCACAUCAAAGUAUGGGAUUUGGAGAGCUUAAAGUGUGUGGAGACACUGAAAGGACACAAUCAUUGGGUGCGCGCACUCACUGUUUCCGGCGGGUAUCUUUACUCUGGCGCUUAUGGUGUAGUUAAAAUAUGGAAUCUCGGUAACUUUGAGUGUAUUCAUACGAUACAGGGUGGCUGUGGAAGUAUCUACUCCAUGGCUGUUGCAAGUAGGAAGUUGCUGGCAGGAACCUAUGAGAACACUAUAGUUGUGUGGGAUCUCGAUACCUAUGAAAUCAUUUCAAAGCUGGGUGGUCACAUUGGUGCUGUCUACACGCUGGCCGUAUCGGGCCAACGUUUUUUCAGUGGAUCGUACGACUCUACCAUCAAGGUGUGGGACAUUGGCUCACUGAUUUGCGUACAAACACUCAACAGACAUACAUCGUCGGUCGAUUCAUUGGUAGUACACAGUGGAUGUGUAUUCAGUGGAUCUGCUGAUAACUCUAUAAAAGUAUGGAGAUAA